AUGGCGUCCACGGCGGCGGUCAUGGAACGCGAGCACUUGACGGCCGAGAUGGCCUUCACGCCACCGAUCGAUGGCGACGAGGUGGCGGACGAUCAGCCUCGGGCGCCUAGCAUCGUGAUCAAAAUCCGGCGGCGGCUCCCGGACUUCGCGCGGUCGGUCAACCUCAAGUAUGUAAAGCUCGGCAUCUGCUCCGGGAUCUUCCCGGUGCCAGCGUCCUGGACACUGCUCGCGCUCGCGCCUCCGCUCGUCGCUGCGGCAGCGUGCUCGCUCCGUCGUCUCGACCUCGACGUGGGUGUGCUCCGCUCCUUCGAUUCCGCCGCUUGGCUUGGCACGGCCAUGCUCCUCCUGCUCGCCGUCUGCUUCAUCAAGCGCCCCCGGCCAGUGUACCUCGUGGAGUUCGCCUGCUACAAGCCCGGCGACGAGCACGAGAUCUCCAAGGACGGCUUCCUGGACAUGACCGAGAGCACCGGCUUGUUCAAUGCCGACGCGCUCGACUUCCAGAGAAAGAUCACCAAGCGUUCCGGCCUGGGCGACCGCACUUACCUGCCGUCUGGGAUAAAGUCGCGCCCCCCGCAGCUGUCCAUGGCGCAGGCGCGGGCCGAGGCACAGGCCGUCAUGUUCGGCUGCCUGGACGAGCUGUUCGCCGCCACGGGGAUCGACCCGCGCCGGGACGUGCGGGUCCUCAUCGUCAACUGCAGCCUCUUCAACCCGACGCCGUCGCUCGCGUCCAUGGUCGUCAACCACUACAAGAUGCGCGAGGACAUCAAGUCCUUCAACCUCGGCGGCAUGGGCUGCAGCGCCGGGCUGAUCGCCGUCGACCUCGCGCGGGACCUCCUGCAGGCGAACCCGGACUCCUACGCGGUCGUGAUCAGCACCGAGAACAUCACCCUCAACUGGUACUUCGGGAACGACCGCUCCAUGCUCCUGUCCAACUGCAUCUUCCGCAUGGGCGGCGCGGCGGCGCUGCUGUCCAACCGCCGCGCGGACGCCCGGCGAGCCAAGUACCGGCUCCUCCACACGGUGCGAACGCACAAGGGCGCCGCGGACGAGCGCUUCAACUGCGUGUACCAGCGCGAGGACGCCGGCGGGAAUGUCGGCGUGUCGCUGGCGCGCGAGCUCAUGGCCGUCGCCGGGGACGCGCUCAAGACGAACAUCACCACCCUUGGCCCCCUCGUCCUCCCGCUCGCCGAGCAGCUCAAGUUCCUCAGGUCCCUCGUGCUCCACCGCGUCCUGCCACUCCUGCGCGCACGCGGCGUGCGGCCCUACAUGCCUGACUUCCGCCGCGCGUUCGAGCACUUCUGCGUGCACGCCGGCGGCCGCGCCGUGUUGGAGGAGGUGCAGCGGAGCCUCGGCCUAGACGACGUCGACAUGGAGCCCAGCAAGUGCACGCUGCACCGGUUCGGCAACACCAGCAGCAGCUCGCUGUGGUACGAGCUUGCCUACGCGGAGGCCAAAGGCCGCGUCCGCCGCGGCCACCGCGUGUGGCAGAUCGGAUUCGGCUCCGGCUUCAAGUGCAACAGCGCCGUCUGGCGCGCGCUCCGCGACGUGCCAGCCGUGUCCCUCGCCGCCGGCGCCCGUGGUGACCGGCGUGGCUGCAACCCCUGGGUGGAUAGCCUGAACAGCUACCCUCCCAAGGCAUACAUUUCAUGAUCUUUGUGGUACCGGAUAAGUUGUUCAGCUUCGUGCACGAGAAUUGUAUGAUUGUACAUUACAAAAAAUACAUAUUACUUGUCUUUUUCUCGCUUCUUCAUUUGAUAAGUUUUUUUUUCUAGCCUUUGUAAAUACUUCUACUUGUAAUGGAACUUCUACUUGUAACAUUAGUCAGGCGUGAUGUAAAUGG